CCUGAUGCUCCUCCCUCAGCAAGACUCUUGCAAUCCUCUCUCCACAUUCACACUGAAUUCAGACACAUCCACGAACACACACACAGACACACACUGGCAUCAGCUUCGAUCAGACUUAACAUGAGAGUCUUGCUUCACUUCUGAUUCCAAAAGGACGCUGGGACACAAGCGCACCACUCACGGCGGCCGCAGACAUACGGGAAACUGCCACUGUGUCACGUACAGAUAAGACACUGGAAAGAAACUGCUGAUCUGGGACCAGUUGGAGGGACGAAAUGGGUUUGUGGACGGGCCUGAUUCUGGCCUCGCAGCUGCUAUUAAAACUGUGUUUACACGUGGAAGCCCAGGCUCUAGUCUAUGAUCUGCUCACCUCGCCUGAUUGCCUGCCAGACCUGCUGCAGGGGGGUCUGGCUGAGCAAGGGGUGAAUGAGGCUUUCAUCCUAGCCUCCUUCAAGUUGCAACCCAAGACCGGAACCACUGUGUUUGGCCUGUACAACCCAAGGGACAACAGCAAGUACUUUGAGUUCACAGUGAUGGGGAAGCUCAACAGAGCUGUGUUACGCUACCUGCGAAGUGACAAGAGGAUGAGCUCGGUAACCUUCAACAACUUGGUGCUGGCCGACGGCCAAAUGCACAGACUGCUGUUCCACCUCAAGGGGAUGCAGCAGCAGGGGCCCGGAGGGGUGGAGCUGCAUCUGGACUGCAGGCUGGUGGAGACGAUAAGGGAUCUCCCUGCUGCCUUCCAGGGUUUGCCCGCAGGCUAUGGUAUGGUGGAGCUAAAGACCAUGCAAGCCAGAGAUCAGGAGAGAGUAGAAGAGCUGAAGCUGGUGGUUGGAGACACAUUUGAGAAUGUUGCUUCAUUACAAGACUGCCAUUUCCAACAAAGAGACUCCGUUCAAACUCUGGGGGUCAACACGAAGCAGCUGUCAAAUCAAAUGCUGGACUUAACGAAGGUGAUAAAUGAGCUGAAAGACGUCCUCAUUCAGCAGGUCAAGGAGACCUCCUUUCUUAGAAACACCAUCUCUGAGUGUCAGGCCUGCGGCUUGGGUGGAACUGAAGUGGUGAAACCGAAGUGUGCCCCGGGUGUCUGUUUCCGUGAGGAUAUGUGCAUAGAGACAGCGACCGGGGUUGAGUGCGGACCCUGUCCCGAUGGGUACGCCGGCGAUGGUUUCCACUGUGACGAUGUGGACGAGUGCCAGUUUAACCCCUGCUUUGCUGGCGUGAAGUGUGUGAACACUGCCCCGGGCUACCGCUGCGACGCCUGUCCGCUGGGCUACACCGGCCUCGCGGUGGAGGGCGUGGGAGUUUUGUUCGCUAAGACAUACACACAGCUCUGCGAUGACGUUGAUGAGUGCAAAGGGCCCAACAACGGAGGCUGCGCUGCGAACUCAGUCUGUCACAACUCUAUGGGCUCGUAUCACUGCGGCACCUGUAAGACGGGCUUCACGGGAGAUCAGGUGAAGGGCUGUAAGCCGGAGAUCAGCUGCGGCAACAGCCUGACCAACCCCUGUGACAUCAACGGCCAGUGUACCUCAGAAAGAGAUGGGUCGGUCUCUUGUCAGUGUGGAAUCGGCUGGGCGGGCAACGGGUACCUCUGCGGGAAGGACACCGACAUUGAUGGAUACCCAGACGAGAAACUCAAAUGCAAGGAUGCGAGCUGUAGAAAGGACAACUGCAUCUACGUCCCUAACUCUGGUCAAGAGGACGCCGACAGGGACGGCCACGGGGACGCCUGUGAUGACGAUGCAGAUGGUGAUGGUAUUCCAAACGAACAGGACAACUGCUGGUUGAGGCCCAACGUGGACCAGAGGAACAGUGACAAGGACAGCCACGGCGACGCCUGCGACAACUGCCGCAUGGUGGAGAACCCCGACCAGAGGGACACCGACAGCGAUGGCAGAGGGGACGCCUGUGAUGAUGACAUGGACGGAGACGGCCUGAAGAACUUCCUGGACAACUGCCAGCUCGUCCAGAACAGAGACCAGUUGGACCGGGAUGGAGACGGCGUGGGCGAUGCCUGCGACAGCUGCCCUGACAUCCCCAACCCAAACCAGUCGGAUGUUGAUAAUGACCUGGUUGGCGACUCCUGCGACACGAACCAAGACAGUGAUGGCGACGGUCACCAGGAUACCAAGGACAAUUGCCCAUUCGUGAUCAAUAGCUCCCAGCUGGACACUGACAAAGACGGGCAGGGCGACGAGUGCGAUGAUGACGACGACAACGAUGGGAUCCCGGACACUAUCCCUCCCGGACCAGACAAUUGUCGCCUGGUACCGAACCCUGACCAGAUUGAUGACAACAAUGAUGGCGUUGGAGACGUGUGCGAGUCUGACUUUGACCAGGACAAGGUGAUUGACAGGAUUGACAACUGUCCUGAGAACGCCGAGGUGACCCUGACCGACUUCCGGGCCUAUCAGACAGUGGUGCUGGACCCCGAGGGCGAUGCCCAGAUCGACCCCAACUGGGUUGUUUUAAACCAGGGAAUGGAAAUUGUUCAGACCAUGAAUAGCGAUCCAGGACUUGCUGUUGGUUACACUGCUUUCAGCGGAGUGGACUUCGAGGGGACGUUUCACGUGAACACGGUGACUGACGACGACUACGCCGGCUUCAUCUUUGGCUACCAGGAUUCGUCCUCCUUCUACGUGGUGAUGUGGAAGCAGACCGAGCAGACCUACUGGCAGGCGACGCCUUUCAGAGCGGUGGCCGAGCCCGGCAUCCAGCUUAAGGCUGUGAAGUCUAGAUCAGGGCCCGGGGAGCACUUGAGAAACUCACUGUGGCACACGGGAGACACCAACGACCAGGUGCGUCUGCUGUGGAAGGACCCAAGAAAUGUAGGCUGGAAGGACAAGGUGUCCUACCGCUGGUACCUGCAACACCGCCCACAGGUUGGAUACAUCAGGGCGCGGUUUUAUGAGGGAACUGAGCUGGUUGCAGACUCUGGUGUGACCAUUGACACGACCAUGAGGGGAGGACGACUCGGUGUGUUCUGUUUCUCUCAAGAAAACAUCAUCUGGUCAAAUCUGAAGUACCGCUGCAAUGACACCAUCCCUGAGGAUUUCCAGGAGUUCAGCACGCAGCACAGCACUGACUCACUCUGAAGUUGAGAUGAAAAAGUGACGUCAAAUCGAAGAGUGCUUCUGUGAGUGUGUGUGAGUGUGUGUGUGUGUGUGUAUAUGUGAGUGUCUGUCCGUCAUUCUGUCUGUCCUUCUGUGUAUUGAUAUGCACAGUCUCUGUGCAAUCUUUGUACUGUAUGUGCAUAUUAUCGUGUCUGAUCCCUUUUUCCCAACUGUGUCUUCCAGUUUAAUCGCCUCUAAAAGACUCUGAGCUUGUUAUGCCAACAUUGUAAGUUAUAAUAAAUCUUACCAACUUUU